AUGGAUAUCAUGAGGGACCAGAAUGGAAACCUCCUGCAUCAUAAUUUGAAUUUUCGCAGACAUGUUGUGCCUUCACUUCAAACCAAAUACGAUCUUGUGAUUGCUCAUCGAACCCUUUGUGAAUUGGGAUCACGGGAAUCCCGACUUGAGACCAUCGCAUCUUUAUGGAAAAGGACAACGCGAUUUCUGGUGCUCAUUGAAUCUGGACUGCAUAGCGCUUUCGAAGCGCUGAUGGAGGCUCGCGACUUCCUUUUACUGUCCGGCGUUCAGCUGCAUUUACAAGACACAACAACUUUGCUGGAAGUAGGAGUAAUUUCUAUCAGAUUCUAUUUUUGGUAUGAUGAAAUCGGAGAUGUACAGAACCUGCUCCGAUUCCGAUCGUUCACGCUAAUGUGCCCUUCUGAUCAGUUCGAUAGAACCGCUUCAUCCGGUCGACGUCCUUUGGAAAUCCUUGUUUGUAAAUAA